AGUGAGCAGAAAUCCUCAGACCAGCUGGGCCUGUCCUCCAGGAUGAUGAGACAUUCCAAGACUGCCAUUUCAUUCUUUAUCCUUGUGGCCGUCCUUGGGUCCCAGGCUGGGCUCAUACAAGAUACGGUAAAAGAAGAUCGUCCCUUUAAUCCUACAAUAAUUCACCAAGGCUUUCAAGACUCUUCAGACUGCUGCUUCUCCUAUGCCUCACAGAUCCCAUGUUCAAGAUUUAUAUAUUAUUUUCCAACCAGUGGUGGGUGCACCCAGCCAGGCAUCAUCUUUGUCACCAGGAAGAGGAAGCAGGUCUGUGCCAACCCCAGUGAUCAGAGAGUUCAGACGUGCAUAAACACCCUGAAGCUAGGCCGAAGACCUGGGAACAGUGCCAUUGCUUGAGAAGGAGGGCGUACUGCCACCUGCAUUCUUCUGUCUUCCCCAGUGACCACCUAGGAAGCACUAAGCAUUUGUUUUUAUAGAUAUUUAAAGCACGUAUUCUUCUGUACAGGUUUAAAGCAGCACAUGUAGUCCACGGUAUUCACAUGGAUUCAGCCUGACAUGAUUAGAGCCGUCUCGAGGUGUAACCAUCAUGAGUGUCUUUGAGUAACUGUUGGGUUUUCUUGCAUAGUUCCUCAGCAGAUUAUAAAUGGGUAAACUACUAGUCUUUGGGACUUUGGAAUGUGUCUGGUUUUGAUGGAAGCUUAAGCCAGGUGUAUCCAGCUGCGAUGAAAUCAAUUUUUGCCCUAAGCCAUACAUAUGUCCAACUUUGUGGGGACCCAGCUGUUCUUCCUGACACCAUAGAGCAGUAAGUGACCCCAAUAAAGUGCACUCCAUGUAGCUAUGGGUCUGUCUCUUUUCUUCAGAUUCAUAGGGCUGUGGGGCCAGUCUGAAAUCGGGCUAUUAGCAUGAAAGUAUCCCACUCACUCGCUCGCUCACCUUGAAUACAGCAGGGAGAAAGGGAUCAUAUAACUGAAUAGUCUAAGUGAUAUACAUUUCUAAUAUAUAAUAUUUCUAAAUAUUAUAUUCUAAAUAUUCUAAUGAUAUAAAUUUUUUAAAAAUUUAAAAACACAGUUUAUUCCGAUAUAUUCCUCUGAGCUUGGUGCAAAAUGGAAGAAUGCCUGUUCCAGCAGGGCAUCUUCUUCUCUACCUGACCUUCUCUGGGGAGCCUGACCCCCAAACCCUCUACCUAAGGAAGUUCAGAUAGCUGUCGGCAAAUCGUUCAACUUCCUCUUUCCAGCAAUUACCUGGGAUUCCCGGAAUGGCUCUCCAUGCAAAUGAGGCAUUCCCAAUACUUUAAACUUCAUCCAAUAAUUUACAUUUUACCCCGAUAACUCCUACCCACACUCCAAGGCCUGGUUCACCCCAAAUAAAGUGUACAUGC